AUGCAGUUGCUCUGUCAGGCAUGGCUGAUCGGGCUCUACCGCGUCAAUUUCGGGGCGUUCCGAACUCAUGUGAAGGGUGGUGACGGCAUCCGAACAGCCAAGGCGCUUCGAGCAGAUGCACAGAGACUACGCAUGCUCGACGUCUUAUUUUCUGCUCCGUCUAGCGGCUUCCCCUUCGAAAUCGGCUUGGUCCGAGACUGUAUCAAGAAGGCUGCAUCGCUGUCGUGUGUAGGCAUCGGCGGUAUCGAAGAACAAAGAUUCAGAAUGGGAUGA